AUGCAAAAGUGUGGGGGUUGUGGUAAAUUCAUCUCUGCAUCUGCGGCCGCUAAAUGCAAUUGCUGUCCGAAUGUCUUCCACCGGGUUUGUGUAGCUAUUCCGGACGGAGUUAAAAUUAGUACCACGUGGGAAUGUCCCGAUUGUGUAGUCAAAAGGCCUAAGACUGAUAAUUCCGCCACGCCGGUUAAGAGUGUCGAGGAUGGCUAUCGGCCUACGGAUGCCGCACCUUCGGGGUAUGUUGACAUUGAUCAUGUGCAGGAUUAUAGUUUCACCGGUGAGUCUCUAAACAAUACUGCUCUAGAUCAGACGCAGCCCUUUCGGGUGGAACUGAGCUUGGAGCUGCGCCUCUUCAGAGAGGAGAUGCGUCAGGUCAGGGAAGAGUUCGCUGAGUUCCGGCGUGAGCUUGCCGGGGUCUACUCUGCCUUGGGUCGUCUUGAUGAGCUCGAAAACAGGCUGCUGGCACUCGAACAACACCAUGAUAAACAUGAGGCAAGGAUAUCUGCUUUGGAGAAAUCACGUGAGCUGGAGAUACCGGAAAAUAUGAUUACUAGUCUGCAGCGUACUGUCGCCGAACUCAAACAGGAGCUAAGCACUCGCGAACAGGAGGCUCUUGUGGCUGACCUUGAAAUCUCCAAUGUACCCGAAGUUCGCGGAGAAAAUACUAUCCACACUGUGUGCGUAUUGGCAAAAAGAAUCGGUGUGGAGCUCGAUGAGAGGGACAUCGUGUUCGCGGAGAGGGUUGGGGUGGGGGGCGGUAGAGUUGAGGAUGGAACCGAAGAGCUUCGACCUAGGCGUAUCGUGAUGCGCCUUACUCGUCGCCACAUGCGGGAUGAACUUCUUCGUGCGGCUCGAGUGCGUCGUUCUGCAACCACCGAGGCACCAGGCUUGCCGACUCCCCCCCGCCGCUUCUAUAUCAAUGAGCGUCUGACCUCUGCCAAUAGAGAAAUUUUCCGUCAAGCCAGGGCUACUGCACGCAGUUUAGGCUGGAGAUAUGUUUGGACCAGAAGGGGGCGAGUUUAUGUUAGACAGGCUGAUGGGCGGCCCAGAAUGUACCUUAGAAGUGUGGACGAUAUGGUUGGUGUUUUUGGUUUGGGUACGGUUAGUUCUGAACUUAGUAAAUAA